UCCAGCCGCGGCUUCCGCUACCAAAUGGCCUUCGCCGCCUCCCCUUCCCUCUCCUCUCUCGCCUCCUCCUCCGCCGCCACCGCCGCCGCGAUCUCCUCCACCUCACUCAAGCCCCUUUCACGAGCUAAAACCCCUCCAGCUCUCCCUCAGGCUGCUCUCCCCAACCCCAAACCCCAUUCGCUCUCCUGCUCCGGGCCGCAGGCCCCGCGUGCCACCACCGGCGACCGAUCGGGUGCGGGGAACCACGGGGGCGACUCCGGAGGAAACCGCGGCAAGGAUGGAGGUGGGCACGGCGACGGCGAAGGCGAUGACUACGAGGAGGCCGAGUUCGGCCCCCUGCUCGGCUUCGAUGAGGUGCUGCGGCUCGCCGCGGCCCGUGGUGUCUCGCUCCCGGCCGACAUGAUGGAGGCGGCCAAGGAUUCUGGCAUCCGGGAAGUCUUGUUGCUCCGCUACUUCGAUCUGCAGGCCGCACCAUGGCCGCUAGCCGCGAUGAUCCGGGCCUUCUCGAUGCUCCGCAACCGAAUGCUCGCUGACCCAUCAUUCCUCUUCAAAGUUGGAACCGAGGUUGUGAUUGAUUCGUGCUGCGCCACCUUUGCGGAGGUGCAGAAGAGAGGGGAUGAUUUCUGGGCGGAGUUUGAGUUGUACGCCGCGGACCUUCUAGUGGGAGUGGUCGUCGAUAUUGCACUUGUCGGGCUAUUGGCUCCGUAUGUGAGAUUUGGGAAGGCGUCUGCUUCAACUGGUCCUUUUGGUAGAUUCAGCAGGAUGGCUGGAUCUUUGCCAAGCAGUGUUUUUGAAGCUGAAAGGCCAGGCAGCAGAUUCACAGUUCAGCAGAGAAUUGGAACAUUCUUUUAUAAGGGUGUCUUGUAUGGCUCGGUUGGAUUUGUCUGUGGUAUUAUUGGUCAAGGAAUUGCUAAUAUGAUAAUGACUGCUAAGAGGAGUGUCAAUAAAUCAGAUGAUGAUAUCCCUGUUCCUCCACUUAUUAAAAGUGCUGCUUUAUGGGGUGUGUUCCUUGCUGUAUCAUCAAAUACACGUUAUCAGAUCAUCAAUGGUCUGGAGCGUGUUGUUGAGGCAUCACCAGUUGCGAAACGUGUGCCACCUGUUGCAAUGGCUUUCACUGUUGGCGUUCGUUUUGCCAACAAUAUCUAUGGUGGGAUGCAAUUUGUUGAUUGGGCACGAUGGAGUGGUGUUCAAUAAUGCUUCAAACAUGGAAGCUGGAUGAAUCUUUGCGUGUUACUCUUUGCUUUCUCUGAGACCCAAGAAGCAGAAACAACAGCACUUCUGUGGAAGUAACAGGGAACUUUGUUUGAAGAACGCAUGAAGGACGUCGCGUCACAAGGUUGACAUACAUGUGCUAAGAAAUAAUUUAUUUUAAUUGCCCCCUCACUCGUUUAGCUGUUUGAGGCAAGCAUUAAAGAAUUAAAGUAUUUCUUCAAAUGUGCACUAUCAAUUGAUGAUACCACAACAUGUUUUCUUAACAGCAAAUAAGGACCAGCUUUAUUCCUUAAUUAUGAGUAAAUUUCACAAAACCAUAGGUAUUUUGACCAAAUAAUCGCAAAAUAGAGAUUUAAUAGCAUAUAUUACAAUACUAUAGGAUUAACACCAAUUUUUUGA